AUGUGCGAAUUUGAAUCUUGGCAAUUGCAAGCCAUGUUCGGUCACAGGUUCAACGGUAGGGAGUUGUUUUUCUUUUGUUGCGUGAAGCGCAAGUACUCAAAGAGCAAGUGCUUCGACCGAACAACUGAAGCUGGUUAUUGGAAAGUGACCUGCAAGGAAAGCGCCAUCAUGAGCGAGGACACUGAUGCGCUGAUAGGAAUCAAGAAGACACUGGUGUUCUACACAGGCCGUGUGCUUAAAGGUGAAAGGACCAAUUGGGUCUCCCAUGAAUACUACCUGAAUCCCAAGUGUUUGGGCCAUAACGAAGACGAGAUGCUACCUUACGUGGCAUGUAGGAUCAAGAACAAAAAAGAGAAGAAGCUGAUGACAGGUCAUGCUCCAACAGCCAACCCUCAAGUUUAUUCAAGCAGCCCUCGCACAUACACUAGCAAUACAUCGGAGACCCCUGUGAAUCAAGAAGGGGACUAUUCCAGCUUCUGUAACUCCCCCAACGAUGAAGUUGUAGAUAACCAAGAAGUAGUCGAUGCUCAACCCGGGGUGAAAGAUGUGCAUUUUAUUUUGUAG